CAGACAUGCAUAUGCUCGUGUGCCUUUGCACAUGGUUAUAUAUGAGUGUAGACAGCAGUAUUCUGCAGCAUAGCUAGGCAGUGACAUUACUGCGUUUGUUUCUUUCUUUCCGUGCAGCUGGUGUGAAUGACUUGCUGCCGCCUACAAGACCCGAGUGACCCGCUGUAUCAGCCGGAGCCCCUCGUGGACAGCUGCUUCCCUUAGCUGAUUGAAACCUGCCGUUAGUCACUGACUUGGAAGGAAAGGAAACGGUUGCAGCUCAGGUUGUUAUUGUUUUCUGACGAAAGCACCUUUUAUUUUCCAUAUUCGGGCAAGCAAGUGUUCUGGAGGAAGACUUUCUGUAUCAACAGAUCGUGGCGGACACUCGGCAAGAGAAAUAAGAGGAAAAAAGAGAGACAUCAAUAACAGGGCGAGGGUUAUAAUAUCCUUUGUCUCCCGAACUGGAGUCACACUGAAGCAGGCUGGUGAUUCUGGAGCUAUGAGACUGAGAAAGAAAAGCAGCGCUUCAAUCAGAUGUGUAAAGAACUGUGCUGCUUUAGCACAGGGUAUUGGUGUGAUGUUAACCCUGGUCUUUGGGAUCUGGAAUGUUAAGGCAGAAGCAGAAGAGGAGUUUCAGUCUGUAUAUGUUUGGAAACCAGGUGUCUGGGGGAGAUGUAUGGGACAGAAGUGUGGCCCAGGUGGUAUCCAGACCAGGUCAGUAUGGUGUGCCCACGUGGAGGGAUGGACGACUUUACCUACUAACUGUAAACCAGCAGAAAGACCCGAGAAUCAGCAGAAUUGUUUCAAAGUCUGUGACUGGCAUAAAGACCUAUAUGAGUGGCGGGUGGGUGAAUGGAACGAAUGUUCACCUGUUACUUCCAGGAGCCCUUCUUCAAAGCAAACCUCUGAGUGCUUGCAAGGAGAGGAUGGAAUUCAGAGGAGGAAUGUAACUUGCAUCGAGAAAAGAAAUGGAGCUGCAGCAGAAGAUGUUAUCUGUGAAUAUUUUGAGACAAAGCCCCACCUUGAGCAAGCCUGUCUCAUCCCUUGCCCACAGAAUUGUGUGGUUACCGAGUUUACUCCCUGGUCUGAAUGUACUAAAUCCUGUGGGGUUGGAUUACAACACCGACUUCGUCAAAUCCUGGUACCUUCGCUCUAUGGCGGUGAGCCAUGCCCCAAACUUACUGAGUUUCAGACCUGCACAUUCAAUACCUGUCUGGCAGAAGAAAGUAUGUACAGUCUGAAAGUUGGUCCCUGGAGCGAAUGUUCUCUUCCACAUUCUCGGCAAAUUCGGCAGGCAGGAAGCAGGAUGAGAGACCCAGAAGCCUGGGAGCUUAUGAAGAAAAAGAGGAACAGAAACCGUCAAAUCCGUCAAGACACCAAAUAUUUUGACAUACAGAUUGGUUACCAAACACGGCAAGUUACAUGUACUCACAAAAGUGGGAAGACUGCUGCUCUCAGCCACUGCACACAACAGAAGUUGCCAAUCACCUUCCAGUCCUGUGUAGUCCCAAAGGACUGUCAAACCUCAGAAUGGUCUGAGUGGAGCCCUUGUUCAAAGACUUGCUACAGCGCAACAUCUCCUAAAGGAUUUCGUAUCAGAACAUCCAGUAUCAACCAAUUUCCAGUUGGUGGUGGAAAGGAAUGUCCACCCCUAGAAGAACAAGAACCAUGCUCUCCCCAAGGGGCAGGUGUGCCACCUUGUGCUACAUAUUUGUGGAAGACAACAGAAUGGAGUGAAUGUCGUGUUGAUUCGUUACUCAGCCAGCAAGAUAGAAGACGUGGAAAUCAAACUGCACUGUGUGGUGGGGGGAUUCAAACCCGUGAAUUCUACUGUGUGCAAGCUAAUGAAAACCUCUUAUCUUAUCUGAACACACUAAAGGAAAAGGAAGCUUCAAAACCUGUUGACAACAAAUUGUGCACUGGACCCUCACCAAACACCACACAAAUGUGUCAGAUCACCUGUCCAAUUGAAUGUGAAGUAUCAUCUUGGACUGCUUGGGGACCAUGUACCUAUGAAAACUGCCAGAAUCCACAGGGAAAGAAAGGAUUUAAACUGCGGAAACGACAAAUUACCAAUGAGCCUACUGGUGGGAUUGGAAAUUGUCCACACUUAAAUGAAGCUAUCCUUUGUGACGACCCAUCGUGUUAUAGCUGGCAGGUUGUGAAACUGGGCGAAUGCUUACCCGACAAUGGCAGUGAAUGUGGACCAGGCAUCCAAACGCCAGAAGUUCAAUGUGUCAACAGCAAUAGAGAAGUCGUAGACAGAAAUUUGUGCAGAGAAGCUAUAUACCCUGUGCCAGUAUUGUGUGAAGUACCUUGCCCAAGAGACUGUGUACUUAGUAAAUGGUCAGGCUGGUCAUCGUGUUCAUAUACCUGCUCUGGGAAAACCACAGAGGGUAAACAGAUGCGUGCACGUUCAGUUCUGGCAUAUGCAGAUGAAGGAGCAACACAGUGUCCAAACAGCAGUGCCUUACAGGAAGUACGCAGCUGUAAUGAGCAUCCUUGUAUUAUACAUCACUGGCAGACUGGUCCUUGGGGCCCCUGUAUUGAAGAUUCGUCUGUAGCUGGUCUUAAUUCAAGCACCAGCUGGAGUGGUGAGGCGACGUGUGCUGUGGGAAUGCAAACCAGAAAAGUUAUUUGUGUGAGAGUCAACGUGGGACAAGUCGGACCAAAAAAAUGCCCUGAGAGUCUACGGCCAGACACAGUGAGACCAUGUCUCCUACCAUGUAGAAAGGACUGCAUUGUCACAUCUUUUAGUGACUGGACACCUUGCCCAUUAUCGUGCAAAGAUGGAGAUGAUACCACAACAAAACAAACCCGCCAUCGCAUCAUCAUUCAAUUACCAUCAAAUGGAGGACGAGAUUGCCCUGAUACACUCUUUGAGGAGAAGGACUGUGAGUCCCCUCAUGUCUGCAACAUUUACAGGUGGAAAACACACAAAUGGCGACGGUGUCAGCUGGUACCUUGGUAUGUCCGUCAAGACAGUCCAGGAGCACAUGAAACCUGUGGUCCAGGACUUCAAACCAGAGCGUUAUCAUGUCGAAAGCAAGAUGGUGGUCAAGUGGACAUGAGCAAUUGCCUGAAGUGGGCUGGCACAAUGCCAGUUUUAACUCAACAUUGUCAAUUGCCCUGCCAGGAUGACUGCCAGUUCACCAACUGGUCUAAGUUUUCUUCCUGCACUGGGGACUGUGGUACAGUACAAACCAGACGAAGAACAAUUGUUGGUAAGAGCAAGAAGAGAGAAAAGUGUAGGAACACUCAACUUUUCCCUCUGAUCGAAACCCAGUUCUGUCCCUGCGACAAAUACACAGCCCAACCUAUAGGCAACUGGUCAGACUGCAUUCUGCCUGAGGGAAAGAUGGAGACCAUGCUUGGCAUGAAGGUCCAAGGAGAUAUCAAGGAGUGUGGACGGGGUUAUCGCUAUCAGGCGUUGGCCUGUCGAGAUCAAAAUAAUAGACUUGUGGAAUCAGGACGAUGCAACAGACAUGCAUAUAUAGAGGAAGCCUGUGUCAUUCCCUGCCCUUCUGACUGUAAGCUUAGUGAGUGGUCUAAUUGGUCUCGCUGUAGCAAAUCAUGUGGCAGUGGAGUGAAGGUCAGAUCCAAGUGGUUACGUGAGAAGCCGUACAAUGGCGGACGACCUUGUCCAAAGCUCGAUCACGCCAACCAGGCUCAGGUAUAUGAAGUGGUUCCCUGCCACAGUGACUGCAGUCAGUACGUGUGGAUAGCAGAGCCAUGGAGCGUUUGCAAAGUGAGCACUGUGGACCUAAAGGAUAACUGUGGUGAAGGGGUACAAACUCGGAAAGUGAGGUGUAUGCAGAAUACAAUGGAUGGUCCCACUGAAUUUGUUGAAGACUACCUCUGUGACCCAGAAGAAAUGCCAUUGGGUUCCAGGCAGUGCAAGUUGCCAUGCCCUGAUGAUUGUGUUAUGUCUGAAUGGACAGCUUGGAGCAGGUGUCUUCUGCCUUGUAACAGUAGUGCCACUCGAGAGCGGUCUGCUCUUCCAAUAAGGCAGUCUGGGGAAGGGAAGCCCUGUCCAGCUGAAACAGAGACUGAGCCAUGUCAUCUGAACAGGAACUGCUUUCACUACAUAUACAACGUUACAGAUUGGAGCACUUGUCAGUUGAGUGAAAAAGCAGUUUGCGGGAAUGGAAUUAAAACAAGAAUGCUGGAUUGUGUUCGUAGUGAUGGCAAGUCAGUUGAUCUCAAGUACUGUGAAGAGCUGGGUUUGGAAAAGUCAUGGCAAAUGAAUGCAUCAUGUACUGUGGAAUGUCCGGUGAAUUGUCUUUUUUCUGACUGGUCACCCUGGUCUGAUUGUUCUCAGUCAUGUGGUCUUGGAGGAGUAACGAUGCGAAAGAGGAAAUUGAUUCAGCCAUUCCAGGGAGAUGGGAGACCGUGCAUCAUGCAGUUGGAACAGUCCAAACCAUGCCUAAUCCGGCCUUGCUAUCGCUGGCAGUACAGUGAAUGGGGCCAGUGUAAAGUGGAGGAUGCUCAGUGUGGAAAUGGGAUGAAAUUUCGAAACAUGUCAUGCGUUGUGUUUGAUGGAUCCAGUGAGGAUUCUGGCAAGAUUGUGGAUGACGAGUUAUGUGGUGACCUGGAACCUGCAGUGAAUGGAGACAAACAGAUUGUUCUGCAAGCAUCCUGUGCUGUUCCAUGUCCAGGUGACUGUUACCUGACAGAAUGGUCUGUGUGGAGUUCUUGUCAGCUAACCUGUGUGAAUAACCAAGAUCUCGGUUAUGGUGGAGUACAGGUACGAACUAAGGCAGUGAUCAUCCAAGCAAUAGAAAACGAGCACCUGUGUCCUGAGCAGACACUGGAAACCCGCUCAUGUACAGGUGGUCACUGUUACGAAUACAUUUGGUUGGCUGGUGCUUGGACAGGAUCAUACCGAGAAGUGUGGUGUCAGAGGUCAGAUGGAAUAAAUGUCACAGGUGGCUGCUCUGCAUUGAAUCAACCUUAUGCUGACAGGUCUUGUAACCCACCAUGCACUAAACCUCACACAUACUGUACUGAGUCUGCAGUGUGUGCCUGUGAAGAAGGUUACACAGAGGUGGUGACAUCAGACAAUCUGCUGGAUCAAUGUACCAUGAUCCCAGUGCUAGAGAUCCCUUCAGUGGAGGAGAAAAAAGCAGAUGUGAAGACAAGCCGAGCCAUCAAUCCAACCCAAACAUCUGAUAGCAAACAAGGACAUUCAGGACAUACAUGGUUCCUGCAACCUUUUGGAGCAGAUGGGAAGCUGAAAACAUGGGUUUAUGGUGUGGCAGCAGGAGGUUUUGUCUUAAUAAUCUUCAUUGUCUCUAUGAUCUAUCUAGCCUGCAAAAAGCCCAAGAAACCACAGAGAAAACAAAAUAACAAGCUGAAACCUUUGACCUUGGCCUAUGAUGGAGAUGCUGACAUGUAAACUCCCUUAUUGCUUGAUGGACAUGUCCCUAUCUUUCUCAUCACUGUAAGAUAUACUGUGCAGUUCUGUAUGCCCAGACUACCGUCCUUUACAGAAUUCUGUGUCAGUGUGCCAGAUUCUAUAGCACUGUGACAUCUUUACAGGAAGGAGAUGGAAAAUGUGCCACAGAUUUCAUUCUCAGUAUAAUGCAGAACUUCAAAUGAUACAGCUGCCUAUUUACAGCAAGCUAAAUCUUUGAUAUGAUGCUAAAUAACUGUCCUGCAUUGCGCCAAAAGAAAUCCUUAAUUUUAUCUGAAUGACAUUAAAAUGCAAAUUACAUUAGAAUUGAAAAGUAAACAUGAAUUUUCAAAUAAUUGCCUUGUGCUUAAUAACUAUAUAUCAAAUAUAAGAACACUGCCUGUGUGAAUAAGAUCAUCAACUAUGACAGAAAUCAAGUGAAAAACUGGCAAAUGUUCAUAGACAUGAUGCACACUUACUAGAAAGAACAGGCUUGAUGGAUUGAGAAGUUAAACUGAAAACCCUGGCCAAAAGCAGUUUCAAAUUCUCUUCCCUCCAGUGUUAAUACAGAAGGAGUGUAAAUUUAUACUUCUAUCAACUGCUUAUUGCAAUUGAUUGUAGACACAGCAGCAUUGAAUAAUAUUUAUGUGCUUGGCGACAGGUCAUUAUUUAAAGCAAGAAGGAUGGAUGAAUUGCUGGAAGAUUUUGCAAAACAUGAACAUCAGAAACCGCAAAAUAUAAUAGUAAAAUACAAAUUAAAAUAUUCAACUGGGAACUUGCUACUAUAUUAACAGCUUAAACCUUUUCCUUCUUAAUUAUAAAACCAUAAAUACAGUAUAUAUUUCCAACAAGUUAACCACCUAAACCAGUACUUAUUGCUGCUGAAAAUGUUGCAAUGUUGCAAACUAUAACCUUGAUUUUUCCAUCAAAUGAAAUGCUCUCUCAAAAUGACCUGUGGACUAUGGCCCACAACAUUUGUUUAAAUGAGGAACUUUUUUUGCACUAUAUUAGUGCUGCAUGAUAUGCACUUAACCAUUUAUCACCUUAGAAUUAGCCUCUGUUUUCUUUUUUUCUAAAAGUGUCUCAUUUUGCUAAUAUUACAUAGAUAGUUUGAAAGGGAGCAAACUAAAGUUUACUCAUGGAUUGCAGCAAUGUUGAACUCGAGCAGAAUGAAAUCAAAGCAUUUCAUUCAGUGAGUGUACAUACAUAAAUGUGCGUCUAAAGUCACUGCAGCUAGUUUGUAAAAUGUAUCAGUGGUCAGUAUAGUUGCAGUAUUGAUAGGGAUCUAGCUGAAUUUUCUGAAAUAUGUAAUUGUUCUGAUCUUAUGUGCUUAUGUUGUGCAAACAGUCCACUGGCUCUUUUGCUAGUUAAAUCUUUUUAUGAAGUUUCCCCGUUGUAUCUUUUAAAGGAGCAACACCCUUUGGUUAUUUCACUAUCUUGACCAAAUGUGAGGAAGAGGACAGACUGCAGUUAGCAAACUCAAAAAUCAGAAGUCUCAGUUAUCUAAGUAAGAUAGCCAAUCUGUGGGAAAAGAAUUUAAUUCCUUCCAUUAAAAUUAUUUGAGGAAACAGAAACAUUUGAGGAAAAUAAACAAGCAUUUAUUACUAUUACAUUGCCAUUAUUUUGUAAGCCUUCCUCUUUGUAUGAAACUCAUUUAUUUUGUUAGUCUGAAACAAAUUAAGCAGGAACUGUCUUUCAGAAGGAAAUACUGUAAAACUAAGUAUUGGAGAAAGUUAAAAAUGCGGUUCACCCCUGUUCUGAGCAACAAUAAUGUCCUCUAAAUUAUAUAUGUUAUUAAUAUUACAUCCUGCAGAAAAUUAUCAACAUGUAAUUUUGUCAAGAUUCCAAAUAGUUAUUAUUGUCAGAAAUAUUCUGGUUCACAGUAGUCAAAAAGUGUACUUUUCUGAGGAGACUGUUAAAUUGAAUCGCUAAGAUAAUAAAAAAUAGUAACAGCAAUUUGCAUUUAUUUUAAGCUGCUGCUAAAUAUUAAAUCAUGGUAUAUGGUUUGAUGAGAGAACAGACUAUCUGUUUUCAAUGUUUAAGUCAAUGGGAGCUUUACUUCUGUUACAAAGGGCAAAAGUAAAAAUGAAUUGUACAUGAAGACAACUGACAUCUCUCAGCUUGCUCGAAAUUAAAAGUCAGAGAAAGAAUGUCACCACAUAUGAAGCUAAACCCAUUACGAUUAGUAGUUUAUUUUCAUGUUUCUGAAUGAAGGCAGCAGUUACCAAAAGAAAAGGGUCUCUUUCAUUCCAAUGUGUUAUUGUUAAUUUGUAGAUAUGCCAUUUUUUAAAUGUUUUUAAAUUAUGUAUAUUUUCUUUUUUCAAAAAUAAGGGCAAUGUUUAUGUAUGAGCUCCAAAAUUUUGUGGAGGAAAAUAAAGCCCAAAUUUUAUCGAGUAACAAUUAUAUUUAAAACAAAAAUGUGGCACGUGCUUUAUUGGAGGUUAUUGUUUGAUAGCAUUUAUUCUACCUGAAAUGUGAAAUAAAAAAAAUCAAAAUGUUA